AUGGCGCCUUCUACUGCUACGGGAAAGAAGAGAUCAUGUUUUGGAAUGUUCAACCUAACCGGCCGAGGAGGAGGAUCAAAGUCGAAGAACACAUCCAAAUCCUUUAGAGAAGGCGUUAAAAUCGGAUCUGAGGGUCUAAGAACGAUCGGAAAAUCGCUGACAUCAGGCGUCACGAGAGCUGUUUUCCCUGAAGACCUAAGAGUAUCCGAGAAGAAGAUCUUUGAUCCUCAAGACAAAACACUUUUGUUAUGGAACAGAAUGUUCGUCAUUUCUUGUAUCCUCGCUGUCUCUGUUGAUCCUUUGUUUUUCUACCUCCCCAUUGUUGAUAACUCAGGGAACUGCAUUGGAAUCGACUCCAAAUUAGCUGUGACUACAACGACUCUGAGAACGAUCAUCGAUGUUUUUUACCUCACGAGAAUGGCUUUGCAAUUUCGUACAGCUUAUAUCGCUCCUUCUUCUCGUGUGUUUGGUAGAGGUGAGCUUGUGAUUGACCCUGCCAAGAUCGCCGAACGCUAUUUGACUCGUUACUUCAUUGUCGAUUUCCUCGCUGUCCUUCCUUUGCCUCAGAUUGCUGUGUGGAAGUUUCUUCAUGGAUCAAAAGGAUCAGAUGUGUUACCGACGAAACAGGCGAUAUUACACAUAGUCAUCACUCAGUACAUACCAAGAUUCGUUAGGUUUAUUCCAUUAACAUCAGAGCUCAAGAAAACCGCAGGAGCUUUCGCUGAAGGUGCUUGGGCUGGUGCUGCUUAUUAUCUCCUCUGGUACAUGCUUGCAAGCCACAUUACUGGCGCGUUCUGGUACAUGUUGUCAGUGGAACGGAACGAUACAUGCUUGAGAUCCGCUUGUAAAGUCCAGCCGGAUCCUAAACUCUGCGUCCAGAUUCUGUAUUGUGGCAGCAAAUUUAUGAGCAACCGAGACACCGAGUGGACCAAAUCUGUCCCUGAUCUUUUCAAGAACAACUGUUCUGGCAAAAGCGAUGAUUCCAAAUUCAACUACGGGAUCUAUGGUCAGGCUGUGUCUUCUGGAAUUGUAUCGUCGACAACGUUUUUCUCCAAGUUUUGUUAUUGCCUUUGGUGGGGUCUCCAAAAUCUCAGCACGUUAGGUCAAGGGUUGCAAACAAGUACAUAUCCAGGAGAAGUUCUGUUUUCAAUUGCAAUUGCUGUAGCCGGGCUUCUUCUCUUUGCUCUUCUCAUCGGGAAUAUGCAGACUUAUCUUCAGUCACUUACGGUUCGUCUAGAGGAAAUGAGGAUCAAAAGACGUGAUUCCGAACAGUGGAUGCACCAUAGGUCACUCCCACAGAACCUAAGGGAACGAGUCAGACGCUAUGAUCAAUACAAAUGGUUAGAAACAAGAGGAGUCGACGAAGAAAACAUAGUCCAGAGUUUACCAAAAGAUCUCAGAAGAGACAUCAAACGCCAUCUCUGUCUAAAUUUAGUUCGAAGGGUUCCUCUGUUUGCGAAUAUGGAUGAGAGGUUACUAGACGCGAUCUGUGAGAGACUGAAGCCAAGUCUAUACACAGAGAGCACUUACAUAGUGCGAGAAGGAGAUCCGGUUAACGAAAUGCUCUUCAUAAUCAGAGGCCGGUUAGAGAGUGUAACGACGGAUGGUGGAAGAAGCGGUUUCUUCAACAGAGGAUUACUGAAAGAAGGCGACUUUUGUGGUGAAGAGCUUCUGACAUGGGCACUUGACCCUAAAGCAGGCUCAAACUUACCUUCUUCAACAAGAACAGUGAAGGCUCUAACUGAAGUAGAGGCUUUUGCCUUGGAAGCUGAAGAGCUCAAGUUUGUGGCAAGUCAGUUUAGGCGUCUUCAUAGUCGUCAGGUGCAACAAACUUUCAGGUUUUACUCACAACAAUGGAGGACUUGGGCUUCUUGUUUUAUCCAAGCCGCUUGGCGUCGACAUUUAAGAAGGAAAAACGCAGAGCUUAGACGUAAAGAAGAAGAAGAAAUGGAUUAUAAAGAUGAUGACGAUUAUGAUGAUAAUAUGGGCGUGGUUACAAGAAGUGAUAGUUCUGUUGGAUCAAGUUUUAGAUUACGUUCCACGGUGUUGGCAUCAAGAUUUGCUGCUAACGCGCUUAAGGGUCGUAAGCUAAGAGCCACAGAGAGUUCAAAUAGUUUGAUGAAUCUUCAAAAGCCACCAGAACCUGAUUUUGAUAAUCUUGAUGCAGAGGAAUAA